AUGGCACCACCUACAGCACUCCAGCUCGCCAUGGCGAGUAUGUUCACCGAGUCUUUCUUCUUCGGUAUAUAUACAGUGCUCGAGGUGGUGGUGGUCUAUAUUUUGUUUGCUCGGCGCCGAGGCGCGCAGAAGUCGCUCGUCGCGCUUCUCUACCUCUCUUUGUUCAUGUAUGCUCUGGUGACCACGCACAUGGUUCUUGAAGUAGUGCAGAGUAUGCAGACAGUGGUUUCCUUGCAAAACGUGCAGACACGGACAAUCGUCGGCUCUCUGUUGUCCGCCAGUGGAGACUGUAUUCUGAUAUGGAGGGCUUGGGUUGUGUGGUCGUACAACUACUGGGUCAUCGUCAUACCAGUGAUUGCGGUUCUGCUUGAAACAGCUUUCAACUUCAUUUCCUCCGCAGCAGUGUCAACAUCAAACUCGUUUACUGUGUUCGCAUUACCGUCCUCGAUCCUCACCAUGGUCAACAACAUCAUAUGUACAGCUUUGAUUGCAGGAAGAAUCGGGUACAUGCAGUGGACGACGCGCAAGGUGUUGGGCAAGAACAGUGGGACCAUCAGCGCGCGCAGCUACACGGGCAUCAUGCUGCUUUUCAUCGAGAGCGGUUUCAUUUUCACGGCCGUUCAGAUCAUCACCGUCAUCCUCGACCAGAUUGCGAACCCGGGCAUCCAUGUGGUGAUAAACCUGUACACGCCAUUGAUGGGCCUUCUUCCAACCUUGAUCAUCGUCCUCGUCCACUUUGAGAAGGUUCCUGGGAGCCAUUCAACAAGGCAACACGAGUCGCAGCAAGCGAGCGGACGGACGUAUGUGGGCAGCCAGCUCCGGUUCGCCCAAUCCGGGAACACUGGUGCCACAAGCAUCACCGCCUCGCGGGGCCCGAUAUUCGCCUCAGGCCCGCUCGACUCCAUGCAAGAGUACGGAGGCACGUUGGAACUGGACCUGGUCAAGACAGAUAGCGACCUGACCAAGGCGAAUCAAUUGGGGGCGUACGGUUCGGUGUAA